AAGCUUUCUUCGGGCCCCUUUUUCAUUAUCAUCUCCAGGGCAACUGUUCGGUUUGUUAUUCUGGUCAUCAGUUUUCAAUUUUGGUUCAAAACAGAGCAGAAACAGUUGUGAAAAGUGAAUUUCUGUUUCGAUUUUUAAGGGGAAAACAAAAAGGAUGGUCCGAGGUAGUGAACAGGAAGAUUUCGGUCCCAAAAAGAUGACCAAAAAGUCUCUGGUGGAUUCGUGCAAGAAGAACAAACUUUACCUGACACCUCAUCUGAACGAUGUCUUAUAUCUGCACUAUUCUGGAUACGAUGCGAUUGAAUCGUUGGAGGAAUACGUCGGGCUGAAAUGUCUCUGGCUGGAGUGCAACGCCAUUUCCGUCAUCUCCGGGCUGGAGCACCAAACGGAGCUGAAAUGUUUGUAUCUGCAGAACAAUUUGCUACAGAAAAUUGAAAAUUUGGAACAUUGCAAGCAACUGGAUACGCUGAACUUGUCACACAAUCACAUCAACCGAAUUGAGAACUGUGGAUCCGACAUUCUUCCGGUGUUAAACACCUUGAACCUUUCGCACAAUUACCUGAAAUGUGUUGAGAAUUUGGAGCAACUCCGCAACUGCCACAACCUUUCGGUGCUGGAUAUUUCGCACAAUCGGAUCGAUGAUAUUGCGAUUGUUAAGAUUUUAGGUGAUAUGAAAGCUCUGCGAGUGCUCACCAUGACCGGAAACUCUGUGGUAAAUGUGAUUCCAGCUUACCGGAAAACGUUGAUUUUGGAAUGUAAAAAUUUGACUUAUCUGGAUACUCGCCCGGUAUUCGAUCGUGAUCGUGCCUGUGCUGAAGCUUGGAAACGAGGUGGCUACGAAGAAGAACGCCGAGAACUGCAACGUUGGAAGAAAGAAGAGCAACGAAAGAUACGUCGGAGCGUAAAUGCUACCCUUCGCAUGAGACAUCGAGGCGAUGGCGAGCCUGAGUUGUUAAAAACGAGCAGCGACGAAGAACCGGAGUCGAUCAAAUACACCGAGCCGCUCAUGGAAAUGGAACAGAAGUCUAACGAACAGGCUUGGGAUGAGGUAGAGCGAAUGUUCUGCAAUGCGCAAAGAGCAAAACCCGCUACACCGUUGAAGGCAAUAGAGCCACCGAAUGAAGCAACUUCAAACGAAAACUUGUCCUUUGAUCCAUAUUCAUGUUUCCGUCCCCAGAAAAAGCCGUUGAUUGAGGAAGUAUUUUCUGACGAUGACUUCAAUCGGGAAGAAAAGGAAACAGUUGUGCAAGUACCGAAGCAAUUCGAACAGGACACGGAACACCUGAUCGAAUCCGAAGAGGGCUGCCAUCCCCUUCAAGUGUUGAAACCGCUGAAAGAACUGAUUGCUGAAGAUCCUUGCAAUUCUCCGAUACAUGAAGAACCCUCAGUUGGAAACAAAUCUCUUGUUGAAGAGUUAAACUCGGAAAUCGAACACAGUUUAGAGCUUCUGCAAAAGACAGAGAAGGUGGAAUCUGCAGAACAAGAAGACGAUACACUGAACGUCGUGUUCAACGAAGAAAACAAACAAAUUUCAAUAAUUUUAGAAUCCAAAGAAGGAGAAAUCAUCGGAAAAGUGGAUUCGCGACCUUCUUCUUCAACCGGAAGAAACCAGGAAGAAGACCAAAACGAGGACAGUUUGGAGUCCAAUGUCACUAAAGUAUCGCAAAGCAGCAGCGUCCCCGAAAGCUCGGAACCCGACUCGAGUGACAGUGAGGCAAUGUACGAUAAAAUAAUCCCGAAGAAAAAUCCAAGAUUAGCCACCAAUUACACCUCCAGCUCCUCCACUCCCUCCGAAUCCGAAAACGAGGAACCAGACAGGGCACCAGUAAAGUUAGAACGGGAGAAAUCAAUCGCACAAUGCAUUGACGAGUACAAAAAGUUUUUCCAAUCCGUUAACGUUAUUGAACCAAACCUGGACGAAAAAGCAGAAAAAUCACAAGAACCAAUUCAAAAUCCCAAAACAAUGCGGACUGACCCUCGUGAAUUCGCUGGAAUGCUCAGAACUAUGCAGAAAAACUCCAACCAAGCCAAAAUUGAGCAAGCCCGACAAGAGCGUCAAUCAUCCAAAGAAAAUAUUAUCGAUCGUUUCAUCAGAAAUCAAGACGACUUGGAAGUCAAUCUGGAAGAGCAGGAACUCUCCAUCGGUGGCGAAAAGCAUGACUUCCGGGAGUAUCAGCUGGCCACGUUCCGUAAGGACCAGGAUAAACUUCAAAACUUGAUCGAUAAAGUUAACGCUCAAAAAGAUCUCUACAAUGCGCACAUCGACGAGAUCCACGUCCAGCUGGCCAACAUUAUGGAAGACUACGGACAAAUUGGAGAAAAACUGAGGAAAGUUGAUAACCUGCUUCAGAACAUCAACGAUGAAACGAAACCUGCGGUUUCCGAAAAACGAACAUCCAUCGAAGAGGAAAUUCCUGAAGAGAUCGAGGUGGAAUGCUCGGAACUGGAAACGACCCAGGAAUCUGGGGAAGAGUUCGAUGUCUUGAGACUUGGAAGCCAAGGAACGGUUGAGCAAAUAGUUGAAAAACUGAUUAGCGCCCAACCGAGCGGAAUGUUCAAAGCACCACCGGAAUCUUCAGAUUCUUUGGAUGAGAAUGUUGAGGAAAACCAAGAAGACGUCCGCAUUCCGAAAACUACCGCAGAAGCUACAGCAAUUUUCAUGAAUCCUCACCAAAUAGUAGACGAAGUGCUCGAGUCGGCUCAAACAAUCGUUGAAAGAAUAAAAUCAGAAAAAAGCAUCAAAUUCAGCGACUCAGCUCAAACGACUUCCAGUGGUUCCUCAGAUGAGGAUGAGCCUCCAAAAGAACUUCGCCCGGAUCACAGUUUGUUGGAGCUUCUAACAUCACCAAAACCAGUGCUCGUUCCACCACAAGAUCUGGAGCUGGAAGAAGAGCUGCAGCAGGACCCCAUCUACCGGAAGUUCAUUGAAAUUCAGCACGAAAUCGAUCAGCUGGCUGAUGAUGAAAUUUAUAACAUAGUAACGGAAGCUACCGAGGAACUGAGCGAUAAUCCAAUGAUUGGGCAACAACUCAACUGUCAGGUGGAUCAGUACUGGAAGCGCUACGAAGAUCCGGAAGAUAUGCGCAGAAACAUCAACAUCAGUGCUCAUCCAAUAAUUACUAAGUUUAGGCAGUUUAUUCGGAGACACAGUGAUAGGGGUGAUGAUCGGGUGGUGGCUGAUUUGGAUAAAGUCCGGGACGUUGUAGAAAGAAGACUGUCCAGUCAAGUUUACGACUCAUAUAUGGUGAUGAACAGAAAUGACAGUAGCUUGAACACGUCAGAUGAAAAGGACGAAGACCUUGAAUUUAUUGAUGCUGAAGGAGACGAAGCAGCUGAAGGAUUGAUUAUCGAGAAAGGCAGGGCAUGGGAAGAAGUCUGUGAGAACGAAGAAGAUGAAUUUGAAGAUCUAGAAACACCGGAUUUUAACAAAACAUUCGAUAUGCCGGAAGUCGAGGAUGUUGAAUCGAAUGAAAUUAUCGGUGAUAGAGAAGACAACUUGCAGGAUCGAGUUACUUCGGACAUGGGUGAACAAAAGCAACAAGGCGAGGCUUUAUUUGUCAAGCACACUUUCAACAGUGAUUCAACAGAUAUUUAAUUGUUUUCGGUUUCACUCACUAAGUAGAAUUCGUAAUUAAUAAAUGCACGCAUUGCUUCACAAUA